AAAGCGAGAGUCAAUCUCCCGUAUCCUCGGCGAAUCUGCCCUCCCGCAUCCAAAAGAUCAUGCCCUAAAUGAGCGGUCAAAACAAAUGUACGGCGUGGAUUUAAGUUACAUAAAUCACGGUGGGCCUCACACUUAGGGAUCCAAGCACUUUGGUGGAUCCUGAUCCGGGGAUCCACGGAAGCCGCGCCGAGCCGGUUCGUUGUAUCUUCGCAUAUCUCAGAAGUUGCACCCUGCCAAGACGGAGGAACGGCGGAGAUGGAAAUGGAGGAGGAUACGAAUAGCAGCAGCCGUAGAUUCUUCGUAGCAGUCCACGUAGGCGCGGGUUACCACGGCCCAUCAAGCGAGCAACCCCUCAGGCGAGCCAUGAAACGAGCCUGCCUUGCCGCUGCUUCCAUCCUUCGAGCUGAUUCUGGUGGAUGUGUUGAUGCAGUUUCAGCAGCCAUUCAAGUGUUGGAGGAUGAUCCAAGCACAAACGCAGGACGAGGCUCAAAUUUGACAGAGGACGGUCAUGUAGAGUGUGAUGCUAGUAUCAUGGAUGGUUGUUCAGGAGCAUUUGGAGCUGUUGGUGUAGUACAAGGCGUGCGGAAUCCCAUCAAAAUUGCUGCUUGCUUGGCGAAGGAACAAAUGAUGGGACCUUCUUUGCUUGGGCGAAUACCUCCGAUCUUCUUGGUUGGCGAAGGUGCACGGAAAUGGGCAGAAUCUAAGAGUAUCAUUUUGCCAGAAACAAUGUCGGAGGUUCAUGAGUGGCUGGUUACAGAGAAGGCAAAAGCACAAUGGUUGAAAUACAAAGCAAUGCUUGAUGAGGCCAAAGGAAGGGGUGGAUCUUCUACCAAGGAACUUUCUUCAACUCCUAGACCAGGUUCCAUGUUGCAAGCACAAUCAACUGUGUAUUCCAUUCCAAAAUCAGAAGCUCAACCAUGUGAUCUUGCAGAGGAGACCAGCAAUGGGGGCGAGGAGCAAUCUGUGAAGGAUGGUUCUGAAGAAGAUAGGAUUAUGGAUACGGUUGGAGUGAUUUGUGUUGAUGCUCAAGGACACAUAGCAUCGGGGGCCUCAAGUGGUGGUAUUGCAUUGAAGGUUAGUGGGCGUGUUGGAUUGGCGGCGAUGUAUGGCUCUGGAUGCUGGGCUUCCUCAAAAGGUCCUUUUGGGGCUCCAUUCAUGGUCGGCUGCUGUGCUACAGGAGCUGGAGAAUACUUGAUGAAAGGAUUUGCAGCACGCGAAUGCUGUGUGUCAUCAUCGCUAUCACAAGCAGGUCCAGCCUCCGCUUGUAUGAAAGUUCUGCGGUCCAUUGUCCAUGAGAGUGAUCAUCAAGGUGUGGAUAGAGGUUCCGGAGUGUUGCUUGUGCAGGCUGAUGCUUUGAAAACGGCCUCAGGAAAUUCAUCCCAGUUGAAAGCAGUAGAGCUCGUUGCUGCCUACUCGUCUUCAUCCUUUGGAAUAGGUUACUUUGGGAGCUCUAUGGAUCGACCAAAGGUGUCUAUUCUUCGAACUUCGAGACCAGUAAACAAUGUCAGUGUCGACCAUUUCGCAGCACGCAUUGAUCUCACCACUACUAAAUUCGCUCCAGAAUAGACCAAUAUAGUGAACAUUUUCUGAUUUAGAAGGUAAUUUUUCUUUUUUAACAAUUCGAUCUACAACAGAAUGAAAAAGCAGAUACUAUUUGAAAUUGUCAUUUCUCCUCAACAAGUCCUCUGUAAAAAGGUCCUACUGUGGAGAACCUCUCACAUUUCAUUUUAGUUUGUCAAGGGGCGCAUAUUACAAUUAUGCCCAACAACAACAAGAAGUAGUGGUGGUGAUGGUGAUAAUGACAAUGGUAAUGAGGAGAAGGAGAAGCAAGAGGAGGAGAACUCAUUGGCUAUUUUAAAAUUCUUUUUUAUUUUAUUUUGUCAAAAAACUGUUGACCAUGUGUGUGACUUGGAUUGAAUCACAAUGAGUUGUAUCAAGUAAAGGAAUAAAUGAGCACACAAUACAUGGUGCGUUUACCUCUUUUGAUAAGGUUGUGGGUUUGAAACACGGUGACUUUUUAAUUUUUGUUAAAAAAUUGUUGACUA